ACUCUCUGUGUCUCAGGCUGCUUGCUCAGAUUUCCUCAACUUUGGCCAGUUUUUCAUUUGUUUGCUGACAUCUCAGGGAUACAGGAGUUGUGGAUUUGCUUCCCUAACAGCUUCCCUCCACAUCCUCCUCCUCCUGCUCUCAUCUCAUCAAUCCCAGCCCAUGACAGCAGAUCAGCCAACAUGGCAUUCUCAUCUCGCUUUUCCUUCUGGGAGCAAAAGAUCAAAGAAGAGAACAAGCCAGGCAGCUCAAGUUCAGAAAGUGAUGGGCUGCCCAACCGGGCCAAGUCAGUGCCAGCUCUAGACCCUGGCAGGGGGUUCUUCCGGGCAAAAAGUCCUCCAUCAGUUUCCCCUACGGAGUCAGUAGCCCGGAUCAGGAGUCCCUCCCCACCUAAAGUCAGGAAACCUAUUAAAGUCCCAGUGUGCCCUGAGCCACCCUCAAAGGUGGGAGAGAAAUGUAGGAGCCCUGAAACACCACAAGCUUCUCUAAACCCAAAUCCACUUAUGAACAGUGAGCGUGAGCAAAAUGGCAUAAUGGGUAAAAGCGUGGUCAAUGGUACAGCCACCAGUAAUUUCAAACUUGCAGGCACCAGCGCCAAACAGAUGGAUGCUACAGAUGACCAUGGUCUGACACGGAGGGAAUUAGUAAAGGUGGUUCAUUCUGCUGUCCUACCCACAGAAGAGGACGAGACAAAAGGGCCAACACAACCAUCAGACAAAUCUCAAGAAGCAGCCAAGCCUGCUGAUGAACCUGUUAUAGCAGUGCCAGCACCAGCUUCAGUGUCUAAGGCCCCCAAGAUGUCAGGGUUCACUUUUAAACAUGACGUAAUCAAAACAGAAGACAAAGAUGACAUUUCACGAGGAUUGACGAACCUCAUGGUCAGGGGCAGAAUGAGGGAGCCCCGCCCAAGAGUACGCAAAGAUGUACGACCAGAAAAAAUAGAGUUAGAGAAGAAAAAUGAAAAGAAAGGAGAAAAAGUUGAGCAGGAACAAACAAAGGAGGAGUCCAAAGUGGAUAAAACUACCCUAAAACCAGAGGAAUCCAAUUACAAACUCACAAGCUCUGGUCCAGUUAUACAGGGGCUCAAAUCUCCUGUGGUUGCUGUAAACCCAAUCAGCAUGGCUUCUACGGGCUCAGCUCCAGCUUCUUCCAAAUUAACUCAUUCCAGACCUUCAUCUCUCCCACCGGUGGUUGGUUUGAUCCCAGCUUCCAAGCCCUUACCCUUGUCUCCACCUCCUGGCUUCAGACCUGAACCCAAACCAUCUGCUGACACAAAACCCACUCCUACAAAUCCUCCUUCUACCACCUCAGUUGCCCAGACAUCUUCCCCCCUCUCUCCAUCACGUUUCACUCCAGCCCCUAAACCCUAUCAACUUGCAACCUCUGUGAGUCCCGAUCCUCCCUGUCCCAAUCCUGGUCCACUGUCUCCCCCUCCAGGAAUCAGUCCCAUUCAGCAACCUGCUGUCAGUCAACAAGAGGAGGCACCCCUCAGUCCCACCGAGGAGGCUCAGAGACGCCUGAUGAGGAUCUUCAGUGCCCCCCUGGAGCCAGAAGGCACUGUUUCGUCUUCUGAACAAGCCCCGGCCCCUACAGCCCCGCUGUCCCAGGGCUCCCUCCAGGGAUCAGUGGAAGAGGAUCCUGUGGCCCUUCUUCAGGCAUCUCAUACUGCGGCUAAGCAAUCCCAGGUGAAGACAGAGGAGCAGAUUGCAGCGGAGCAAGCCUGGUAUGGAUCAGAGAAAGUCUGGCUAGUCCACAAAGAUGGCUUCUCCCUGGCCACUGUGGUGAAGACAGAGGCUGGCUCCCUGCCAGAGGGCAAGGUGAAAAUCAAACUCGAGCAUGAUGGGACAGUACUGGAUGUGGACGAAGACGACAUAGAAAAGGCCAACCCUCCAUCAUACGACCGAUCGGAGGACCUAGCCUCACUGCUCUAUCUGAAUGAGUCCAGUGUGAUGCACUCACUGAGACAGCGCUAUGGAGGCAAUCUCAUUCACACCUAUGCUGGACUGAACAUGGUGGUCAUCAACCCCCUUAGCACACCCUCCAUGUACUCUGAGAAGGUGAUGCACAUGUUCAAAGGCUGUCGUCGUGAGGACUCGGCUCCUCAUAUCUACUCUGUGGCCCAGUCGGCCUACCGCAACCUGCUCACCACCCGGCAGGAUCAGUCAAUCGUGCUGCUGGGCAAGUCUGGCAGUGGAAAGACCACCAACUGCCAGCACCUGCUCCAGUAUCUGGUCUCCAUCGCCGGCAGCACCGGCAAAAUCUUCUCUGCUGAGAAGUGGCAGGCGGUCUACACCAUCUUGGAAGCUUUUGGCAACAGCUCCACUGCUAUGAACACUAAUGCCAGCCACUUCUCCCACGUGGUGUCCCUCGACUUCGACCAGGCUGGGCAGGUGGCGUCCGCCUCCAUCCAGACGAUGCUGCUGGAGAAACUGAGGGUGAGCAGACGACCCGAGGGAGAGUCUACAUUCAACAUCUUUUACUACAUGAUGGCCGGAGCUGACAGCAGCCUGAGAACGGAGCUGCACUUUAACCACCUGGCUGAGAACAGUGCCUUUGGGAUCAUACCACAGCAUAAGCCCGAGGACAAGCAGCGAGCCUCACAACAGUUCACGAAGCUGCAGGCAGCCAUGAAAGUGCUGGGCAUCUCUGGUGAAGAGCAGAAGGCCCUUUGGCUCAUCUUAGGGGCCAUUUACCAUUUGGGGGCUGCAGGAGCCACUAAAGACGGAGAUGAAGCGGGACGUAGGCAGUUUGCCCGUCAUGAAUGGGCCCAGAAAGCAGCCUACCUUCUUGGCUGUACCUUGGAGGAGCUGUCCUCUUCCAUCUUUAAGCACCAGGCCAAAGGACUGCAGCAUUCCACCUCAUUCAGAGGAGCACAGGAUGAGGCCAGCCAGAGUGACAGCUCAGGCUCUAAGGUCACAGCUCUGGAGUGUUUGGAGGCCAUGGCAUCAGGGCUCUAUUCGGAGCUCUUCACUCUUGUGAUCUCCCUCAUUAACAGGGCUCUGAAGUCCAGUCAGCACUCUUUGUGCUCCCUGCUGAUUGUGGACACUCCAGGUUUCCAGAACCCUCGUCUGGCUCAGCAGCAGCGGGGAGCCACCUUCGAGGAGCUCUGCCACAACUACACUCAGGAGAGGUUGCAGACCCUGUUCCAUGAACGCACCUUUGUCCAGGAACUCGAAAGAUACAAAGAGGAAAACAUAGAGCUUGCUUUAGAUGACAUAGAGUGCAGGACCUCACGGUCUGUAGCAGCUAUUGACCAAGCCUCAACCCAAGCUCUGGUUCGCACUCUGGCCAGGACGGAUGAGGCUCGAGGCCUUCUGUGGCUGAUGGAGGAGGAAGCUGUUCAGCCUGGAGGUUCAGAGGAAACUAUGCUGGAGAGACUCUUCAGCUACUACAGCUCUGCACAGGGAGAAAACAAAGGAGCCAGUCUCCUGCUGCGAGGAGAUAAGCCCCAUCUAUUCCUGCUUGGUCACAGCCACGGGACCAACUGGGUGGAGUACAAUGCUCAAGGCUGGCUGAGUCAUGCAAAGCACAACCCUGCUGCCCAGAAUGCUGCAACACUGCUGCAGGACUCCCAGAAGAAAAACAUCAGUGGGCUGUUUAUGGGCCGGGCCAGUGGGGCAACAGUGUUGUCAGGCUCCAUUGCUGGUCUGGAGGGCAGCUCCCAGCUCGCCCUGCGACGAGCCACCAGCAUGAGGAAAACCUUCACCACAGGUGUGGCUGCUGUCAAGAAGAAGAGCCUGUGUAUCCAGGUCAAACUCCAAGUGGAUGCUCUGAUUGACAUGGUGCGUCGCUCCAGGGUUCACUUUGUCCACUGCCUCCUGCCAAAAGCAGAGGCAGUGGGAGGAGGUGGUGAGCCCCGUGUGACACAUGGAGAGAGCCCUGACUCAGGACUUAUGACUUUGGACGUUGGCCUCCUGAGAGCUCAGCUUCGAGGUUCGAAACUGCUGGAUGCAUUGCGCAUCUACAGGCAAGGAUACCCAGACCACAUGGUGUUCUCUGAGUUCCGCAGGCGCUUCGAUGUCCUGGCACCACAUCUGACCAAGAGGCAUGGCCGCCACUACAUUGUCACAGAUGAGAAGAGGGCAGUGGAGGAGUUGCUGGAGUCCUUGGAGCUUGAGAAGAGCAGCUACCACAUGGGGCUGAGCAGGGUGUUCUUCAGAGCAGGGACUCUAUCCAAGCUUGAGGAGCAGCGGGACGUUAAGACCAGGAGGAACAUCUCCCUGUUUCAGGCUGCUUGCAGGGGAUACCUGGCCAGACAAGCCUUCAAGAAGAGGAAGAUCCAGGAUUUGGCCAUCCGCUGCAUCCAGAAGAACAUAAAGAAGAAUUGUGGUGUCAAAGACUGGCCUUGGUGGAAGCUCUUCACCACUGUCAGACCUCUGAUUGAGGUGCAGCUCACUGAAGAACAGAUUCGCGGAAAGGAUGAAGAAAUCCAGCAGCUGAAGCAGAAGCUGGAGAAGGUGGAGAAAGAGAGGAAUGAGCUGAGACUCAACAGUGACCGUCUCGAGAGCCGGAUCACAGAGCUCUCAUCAGAGUUGGCUGAUGAGCGGAACACCGGGGAGUCAGCCUCCCAGCUGCUGGAGACUGAAACUUCUGAGAGACUUCGUCUGGAGAGGGACAUGAAGGACUUACAGGCCAAGUUUGACAGCAUGAAGAAACAGAUGGAGUCUAUGGAGAUGGAGGUGAUGGAGGCCCGGCUCAUUAGGGCUUCUGAGCUCAAUGGAGAGAUGGAUGAUGACGACUCAGGAGGAGAGUGGAGGCUGAAGUAUGAACGAGCCAUCAGGGAGAUUGAGUUCACCAAGAAGAGACUGCAGCAGGAAUUUGAUGACAAGCUGGAGGUGGAGCAGCAGAACAAACGGCAGCUGGAGAGGAGGAUCAGUGACCUGCAGGCUGAUAACGAGGAGUCCCAGCGAAACAUCCAGCAGCUGAAGAAGAAAACCCAACGACUGACGGCUGAACUGCAGGACACUAAACUUCACCUGGAGGGCCAACAGAGCCGCAACCACGACCUGGAGAAGAAGCAGAGGAAGUUUGACAGUGAGCUGAGUGCAGCUCAGGAGGAGGUGCAGAGGGAGAAGAGCCUGAGGGAGAAGCUAGCCAGAGAGAAAGACAUGCUAACUGGAGAGGCCUUCAGCCUCCGACAGCAGCUGGAGGACAAGGAUCUGGAGGUGUGUGCAGUCAACCUGAAGCUGGACCAGCUGGAGGCCGAGCUGCAGGACCUCAAUUCUCAGGAAUCCAAAGAUGAGGCAUCACUGGCCAAGGUGAAGAAGCAGCUUCGCGACAUGGAGGCCAAGGUUAAGGACCAGGAGGAGGAGCUGGAUGAACAGGCUGGCACCAUCCAGAUGUUAGAACAGGCCAAGCUGCGUCUGGAGAUGGAGAUGGAGCGCUUGCGUCAAACCCAUUCCAAGGAGAUUGAGAGCAAAGACGAUGAGGUGGAAGAGAUCAGACAGUCGUGCAGCAAGAAGCUGAAGCAAAUGGAAGUCCAGCUUGAAGAAGAGUACGAUGAGAAGCAGAAGGUGCUGAAAGAGAAGAGAGAGCUGGAGUCAAAGCUUCUAUCAGCACAGGACAAGGUGAGAAGUGGUGACAUAGAGACUGAGAAGCGUUUGAGGAAGGACCUUAAGAGAACCAAGGCUCUGCUUGCUGACGCCCAGAUCAUGUUGGACCACAUAAAGAACAAUGCACCUAGCAAGCGGGAGAUCGCCCAGCUCAAGAAUCAGCUGGAGGAGUCUGAGUUCACCUGUGCGGCUGCAGUCAAAGCUCGUAAGUCCAUGGAGGUGGAGAUUGAAGACCUACACGUUCAGAUGGAAGACAUCUCCAAAACAAAACAGGCGCUGGAGGAGCAGCUGAGUCGUCUGCAAAGAGAGAAGAAUGACCUGCAGUCCAGGAUGGAGGAGGACCAGGAGGACCUCAACGAGCUGAUGAAGAAACACAAGGCUGCAGUGGCCCAGUCAGCCCAGAACCUGGCUCAGAUCAGUGAUCUACAAGCCCAGCUGGAGGAGGCCCUUAAGGAGAAGCAGGAGGUUCAGGAGAAGAUGCAAGCCCUCCAGAGCCAGCUGGAGUUCCAGGAGCAGUCCAUGGUGGAGAAAUCUCUCGUCAGCCGACAGGAGGCCAAGAUCCGCGAGCUGGAGACCAAGCUGGAGUUUGAGAAGACCCAGGUCAAACGCCUGGAGAGCCUUGUAGCUCGUCUUAAAGAGAACGUGGAGAAACUGAUGGAGGAACGAGAUCAGCGCAGCAGCAGUGAGAAUCGAGAGAAGGAACAGAACAAACGUCUGCAGAGACAGAUCCGUGACAUCAAAGAGGAAAUGGGAGAACUGGCCAAAAAGGAAGCUGAGGCCAGCCGCAAAAAACAUGAGCUGGAAAUGGACAUUGAGAGCUUAGAGGCUGCUAAUCAGAGUCUCCAGGCAGACCUCAAGCUGGCCUUCAAAAGGAUUGGUGACCUCCAGGCAGCCAUCGAGGAUGAGAUGGAGAGUGACGACAAUGAAGACCUUAUCAACAGUUUGCAAGACAUGGUGACAAAGUAUCAGAAAAGGAAGAACAGAACUCAGGGGGAUUCAGACACAGACUCUGAGGUGGAGGAUCGUGUGGAUGGGGUGAAGUCCUGGUUGUCCAAAAGCAAAGGUUCCACCAAGAACCUCUCAGAUGAUGGCAGUCUCAAGAGCUCCAGCCCCCCUGGUCGAAGACGCUACUACUUCAAUAGAUCUGAUGAAGAGGAGGAGGAGGAAGAAAAAGAAGAAGGGGGGGCGACCCAGGGCUCUUACUACUCUCGAUACAGAUACGGCAGCCAAAUGAAAGACAACGACAGCGAGGACAGGCCGUAUGAGACCACAUCGUAGUCCUUGCUGUCCACCCUCCACCCUCUGAAAUGCACCCUAAUUCAACUGUGACAGUUUGUCUUGCAUGCAGAGUAGACCAUAGUUCUGAUCAGUUUGUCACCCCACAUACCUAAACACUCACAACCCUGCAGGAAAAAACAGACAUUCAAAUACCGUAGAUGUUCCUAACACUCAAGUCAGCUAAGGCAAAUCCUCACAGGGUCUGGUCAUAGUUUGACAAACUACAGAGUCUGUUCGACUCCUCCAUCAUCAGUCUAACCUCAUUGCUCACACAGCAGCUCUGUUAUUAACGAUUCUCUGCUGGCUGCAUGCAAGCGGCAGUUGCUUGGUUUGAGCAGCCAUCCUGUUUAACUCCAGUCAUGGUUGUAACUGAGCCAAAGAACUAGAGGUUGCAAUGAUAAUAGAUUCUUUCUUUCCCUCUCUUUGUCUCUGUCACUCUUCCUCUCUUCUUUACAUAUAGUACACCACAAUAAUAUGUAUUGCCAUAGUACAAUGUAUUGCCAAAAAGCCUUUAUUCCAAGUAUGUGUGCACACUGUUUUACUUAUUGCCAAUUGAUGCUGAAUCCUGGGAAAAGUUCCAGCUUUUAUUUUUUCCUCUUCUUUCCUUUUUGGGAUAAGUGCCAUUUGACUUAAGUGGGCUCCUCUACAGCUGGCUUCUCUGCAGCUGUGGCAUUUCAUGAACUGCUGCACCAUACACUGAAGAUGCUCUCAUUAACAACUGUUUGCUUUUUGUUUGCCUGAAAAGUUUUCUGCCUUUCGCUGGCAAAUUAUCUCUUCCUUACAGGGGAAGAGGGAUUGCAUCACUUACCGCUACACCAUCAAAGCAAAGCUUUUUUUUUCCUUUUGAAUAUUUUUUUAUUGAUGUUUGACAGAUUUGUUUUGCAGAGGACCGCCGUCAAGCAAAUUCAUUUCCAUGAGGUAUGAGUUUACCUUUGUGAAAUGCCUAGUCUUUUUUUUUUUUUUUUUGGACUUGAUUUGACUAUGUACUGGCCAGAAUUAGUGAUGAGGAGACUUAGGCUUUGUCCUUGUGCUUGUCGUUCACAUGCCUUCUGUGUUUUGUUUUAAGUUUGAUGUGCUUUACUUUUCCAAAGGGAAUUUAUUUAACCUUGGGCACCAAACAUUUGUUGGUUUUUCACAAAAACCUCUGAGCAUAGGGUAUCCUCAACCAACAGGAUAUGGGAAAGAGCUGGCGUAAUUCUAUAUUUUUCUUAUUGUGAACAAAUCACAUGGAAAGAUUAAAACUAGUAAUGUGUUUUCUCGACCUUUGAGAAUAGUAUGUGUAAGGAAAUAUUUUGAGCUCAAAGCUCUACUUAACAAGUUUUUCUGAGCUUUCAACCACACCUGUCAGUAUUCUUAAGUGAACAGAGCUGGCUUGGGUCACAUAACAACUCUUACCCCUAAGCCCAUUGGUUCAUACUGAAGAUGUAAAUCUUUAAAAUAGUUAAAGACAUAUGGUCUCGUUCUCUAUCAUCGACUCUUGUUAACUGUCUGCGAGCCAUUCCAUUUUGUGGAAUAGUGUAUGCUCCGGUAGGGCAGGAUUAUAGAAAAGUGGAUAAUGCAACACAGCUAGUAGGACUAUUAUUUUCCUUCAAAAUUCAAAUUCAAAUAAAUCUGAACCAACACAUAAUUUGUCGUAAUUGAUCUGAACACACCACAUCCUAUAAUGUAGAAUUAACGAUUUUCUGUUAGUUCACUGUGCCUCCGCUGCCUCACUUGAAGUGAAAAGCUACCAUUACUAUGUAAGACAGUUGCAUUUUACAAAUUCAGAAAACAUCCUAACCUAUCCAGGAUUUUUCCAUCUAUGGUGUCGACGGAAAAAUGCCUCUUAACAUUACCUCUGAGAUGGUUUGGUGUCAUAAUUAUUCAGGACGGCUAGCUAGUUUUCUUCAUUCUGUGGUGGCGAAAGGAACAUUCGUUUACAGAUAAGGCAACAUGACAUGCAGUAGAUCAGAGUGACAGUGCAGUGCACAUCUCGUUGCACUUGUACAUUGCGAAUUUAGAAUUCAAACAUUUUUACAGAAAGAAUAUUCAAUGUUUUUGCAUUUACCACAAAUUUUGAAUAAUAAAUGACAGAUCAAUAGGCUCACAGGCCAUGAUAGCUUCUGUUUUGGACUCUGAGGGUGAUUUGCUAUCGCAAAUUUGAGUGUUUAAAGUUCGCCAAAGUUCAAUGCAAAUCCUGCAAGCAGAUCCACUGAUCGCAGCAAUUCCAUUAAAAUGAACUGAGCUCUCUUUGGAUUAAUUUCUUUUCAUUAGUCUUGAUGAUAAUAAGGAAAAUUUAGAAGAUCACCAGCCUUCCGCCUUAAAGCCUCAUUGGGUACUCUAACUGUAACUUCAUUAACUGGACAUACGACAGCCUGUAUAACCAAUACUGUGAAAUCAUCUUCAGCGACUUUGAGGCCUGUUUAUUUAUCAGUUUGUUUGUUAUUUUAACCCAGUGAUGCCUCUUAACAUCAAGAAAAUAGGAACCUGCAUUUUCAUGGCUGCUUAAGUGUUACAUCACACCCUUUGCUCAUCUGUCUGGUAUUUACUGAAUAGCAUUAAGAUAUUAUUGAAAGCCAUUUAAAGUCCAGAAGAGCUUGACAUGGCAUAUGAGGCUGAAAAAAAUUAGUGGAUGUUCUUUAUCGUGGGAGAAAUUGGGUCUUCAUUUUUAUUCUCUAUGCAGUCAACACAAGUGUGGAAAUGUGUUUUUUGAUUGACCCUGAAUAAGUGUCUGGCUUCAAUGAGAAAAAAGCUAAAGAGCAGACAUAAUAUUGAUGACUGCACACAGUAUUUAUAUAUAAAUAUGUGUAUGAUUCAUGCUAGCUUUGAAAAUACUUCAUGUUUAUUUUCAUUAUUGAACAAAUUGACCACUUGGUAUAAAUUUUGCAUUACAGUUUAAUAUAUUGUAAAUAAAUGAUUGUGAUUGUUUUAGAAUGCCUUGGAGACUGGAUUUUUCUGAGUUGUAGUGUUUUGCUGCUCUGUGUGUUCAGUUCACAUCUCUGACUUUACCCUUAAUGUGAACUUUUCCUGUUUCUGAUGCAUCCACUUGUUGUUUUCAUCUGCUUUGAGAAAUUUCAACAGCAGUGUUGACCCUGUGAAUGCCUUAAUGGGACAUGAAACCCAUUGAUUUUGUUUUUUCCAUUUCCUAUUUAAGGGAAAAUAGGACAUUUCGGCUCAAAGCUGAACUACAACAACUAAUAAUUAGCUCUCCAGAUAUUAAAACAUUUAGCUGGAGGCGGAAUUUCUGUUGGAGAAAAUCUAGUUCACAUGAUGAUGAAGUGUCAGAUUGAUGAAUGCAGGCUUU